GGGGAAGAGGAGGAGGGAAGCACAGAGAGGAGGAGAGGGCGGACUGCUACCUCCGCUGGCGGGUGGGCUCAAGUGGAAGCAGCUGAUUCCCCCUGCCCCCUCUUUUCCGUUUUAGCGCAUUGCCUUGGGGAUAAGUGUAGCUCCCUCCCCUCCUUUCCUUUCUCUUUUUCGGCCCCUAGCCGCGGAGGCGGCGCAGCAGGAGAGAAGGACACUGGCUGCCAGCACGCACAGGCCGUGCUAUUUGCUGCCCGCGACGUCUCCUCCCUACUUCGCCACUUUGCCGGCCGCCCGUCACGCCAGGCCACGCAGCGCCGCUCAGGUGAACCUCAACUGCGUUGGAUCAAGGGUGAACCUAUGCUAGGACACCUGCUAGCAGUCCUCUAGUGUCUCUGCCUGUCUUACACAAGCCAGAAGAAGGGAUCCUCCAAUCCAACCUGAACAGGAAUCCUCAGGACAUUUAACUAUCUGUAAUUAUGAGCAACCCUUUUAUGCACCUUGCUGAGCCCUUGGAUCCCAAGGAACCAGAAAAAAAGUUCUUCAAUUUGAAUAAGUUGGCAGAUUCAAGAUAUGGACACUUACCAUUUUCUGUCAGAGUUCUCCUAGAGUCAGCCAUCCGGAACUGUGAUGAUUUUUUAGUGAGGAAAGUUGACGUUGAAAACAUUUUAAAUUGGAAGGUGACGCAGCAUAAGAAUCUAGAAGUACCAUUUAAGCCUGCCCGAGUCAUUCUGCAGGACUUUACGGGUGUACCUGCUGUGGUUGAUUUUGCUGCAAUGCGUGAUGCUGUGAAAAAGUUAGGAGGAGACCCAGAGAAAAUAAACCCCAUCUGUCCUGCUGAUCUAAUAAUUGAUCAUUCCAUUCAGGUUGAUUUCAACAGAAGACCAGAUAGUGUACAGAAGAACCAAGACCUAGAAUUUGAAAGAAAUAGAGAAAGAUUUGAAUUUUUAAAGUGGGGCUCCCAGGCUUUUUACAACAUGAGGAUUAUUCCCCCUGGCUCAGGGAUUAUCCACCAGGUGAAUUUAGAGUACUUGGCAAGAGUGGUAUUUGAUCAGAAUGGGUACUACUAUCCAGACAGCCUGGUGGGCACUGAUUCACAUACCACAAUGAUCGAUGGUUUGGGUGUUCUGGGUUGGGGUGUGGGCGGAAUAGAAGCAGAAGCUGUCAUGCUGGGACAGCCAAUCAGCAUGGUACUUCCUCAAGUGUUUGGUUACAAGCUGCAGGGAAAUCCUGAUCCUCUGGUGACUUCCACAGAUAUAGUGCUAACAAUCACCAAGCACCUUCGCCAGGUUGGUGUAGUGGGCAAAUUUGUUGAGUUCUUUGGAUCAGGGGUAGCCCAGCUGUCCAUUGCUGACCGAGCCACUAUUGCCAACAUGUGUCCAGAAUAUGGUGCAACUGCUGCGUUUUUCCCAGUGGAUGAAGUUAGUAUCAAGUAUCUCAUCCAGACAGGCCGUGAUGAAAAAAAAGUUAAGGAUAUUCAGAAGUACCUUCAAAGUGUAGGAAUGUUCAGAGACUUCAGUGAUUCAUCUCAAGACCCAGAUUUUACCCAGAUUGUGGAGUUAGAUUUGAAAACUGUGGUACCCUGCUGCAGUGGACCCAAAAGGCCUCAAGAUAAAGUGGCAAUAUCUGAAAUGAAAAAAGACUUUGAGAAUUGCCUGGGAGCCAAGCAAGGAUUUAAAGGAUUCCAGGUGUCUCCAGAACAUCAUGAGGAUCACAGAAAAUUUAUGUAUAAUAAUAGUGAGUUUACACUGUCCCAUGGCUCUGUCGUUAUUGCUGCUAUCACCAGCUGCACCAACACUAGUAACCCUUCAGUGAUGUUAGGGGCAGGAUUAUUAGCAAAGAAAGCUGUUGAAGCUGGUCUCGAUGUGAAACCUUACAUUAAAACUAGUUUAUCCCCUGGAAGUGGGGUAGUCACCUAUUAUCUAAGGGAAAGUGGAGUUAUGCCUUUUCUGUCUAAGCUUGGGUUUGACAUUGUGGGGUAUGGCUGUAUGACCUGCAUUGGUAACAGUGGGCCCCUGCCUGAGCCAGUGGUGGAAGCAAUUACACAGGGAGAUCUUGUUGCAGUGGGUGUACUCUCUGGAAAUAGGAAUUUUGAGGGUCGUGUCCAUCCCAACACCCGUGCUAAUUAUCUAGCUUCUCCUCCGUUAGUAAUAGCAUAUGCAAUUGCUGGGACCAUCAGGAUUGACUUUGAGAAAGAGCCACUGGGAAUAAAUGCAAAGGGUCAGAAGGUCUUUCUGAAGGACAUAUGGCCAACUAGAGAUGAGAUUCAGCUUGUGGAACGUCAAUAUGUUAUCCCUGGGAUGUUUAAGGAGGUCUAUGAGAAAAUAGAGACAGUGAAUGCAAGCUGGAAUGCCUUACAUGCUCCAUCAGAUAAACUAUAUUCCUGGAACCCCAAGUCUACAUACAUUAAAUCUCCACCCUUCUUUGAAAACCUGACUUUGGAUAUACCACCUCUUAAAUCCAUAGUAGAUGCCUAUGUCCUAUUAAAUUUGGGAGAUUCAGUAACAACUGACCAUAUUUCUCCAGCUGGAAAUAUUGCAAGAAACAGUCCUGCUGCUCGAUACUUAACCAACAGAGGUUUGACUCCCAGAGAGUUCAACUCCUAUGGUUCCCGAAGAGGCAAUGAUGCUGUCAUGGCUCGAGGAACAUUUGCCAACAUUCGCUUGUUAAACAAAUUUUUGAAUAAACAAGCACCACAGACCAUACAUCUGCCUUCUGGUGAAACUCUUGAUGUGUUUGAUGCUGCUGAUCGCUACCAAAAGGCAGGUAUCCCUCUGAUAGUACUAGCUGGAAAAGAGUAUGGAUCUGGGAGUUCCCGAGACUGGGCAGCCAAGGGCCCUUUUCUGCUGGGAAUCAAAGCUGUUCUAGCGGAGAGUUAUGAACGAAUUCACCGCAGCAACCUUGUAGGGAUGGGAGUCAUCCCUCUGGAAUAUCUCCCUGGGGAGAAUGCUAACGUGCUUGGACUCACGGGGCGGGAGCGUUACACUAUUAUCAUUCCAGAAAACCUCAAGCCAGGAAUGAAUAUCCAGAUUCAGCUGGAUACAGGAAAGACCUUCCAGGCCAUCAUGAGGCUUGAUACAGAUGUGGAGCUCACUUAUUUUCACAAUGGGGGAAUUCUCAACUACAUGAUUCGUAAGAUGGUCAAGUAGGCCUAUGUGCCCAUCAAGACUCAUCUCCUCCAAUCAAGACAAAAACGUGCCAUAAUCACUAGCCCUAGAUGCAUAUAAACCCUAACACAAAUAUUGCAUUCUGAUGGAGUAUACUUUUUAGGAAUUUGUGACACUGUGUUAGAGUGAGUGUGCAUUGAGGUGGAUUAUUUUUGUUGCUUUUUUUCUUAUUUCUCAAUGCACAAAAUCUGAUUCAUUUAAAUUUUUUUUUUUCAGAGCUGGUGGAUAGAAUGAGUUAGUGUUCUUAGCACCAGCAGGCAAAAUUGAGCUCUCUUGUAGGCACUAUUUUUGUGUUUGAUUUUUAUUGUCAUUCUCUUUAUUAAAAUGGACACACACACACACACACACACACUCACUCACACUCUCACACACAUACACACACACCAGAGUUCCUCUACUUGUUGGUGUGUCUUCUUUUAUUGCUCCUACCUGGAAUUGGAUUCUUCUUCCUCAUUGAGACAUUUGAUUUUUAGAUGACAUCCUCCUUUCCACUAUGUUUUAUCAUCAUUAUUAACUGACUAUAAACAGAAGAAAACUUUCUACCCUCACAAUCCCAAUAACUAUUUUGAUUCUUCUCUCCCUCUUCCACCCUCAGCCCUCAACAUGUUCUCAAAAUCAGAGGAUUAGAAUUCUAGCCUCUUCUAACCUCAAAAUGAUUUGAUUUUGUAGAUUUUUACACAUUAAUCACACACACACAGUGAACUUCUGUCUCUUCCCAGCAGCUCUGUUUUGCAUUUUGUGAGAAUGGGCAUUGAUAUAUGUGGGAGUGGAUGUGGAUAUGUUUAUGAGAUGGGGGGGGGGGGGAGUGUUGCAAGAGUGGUUGGGAUGGAAAGAGAACAUUUCUAACUUGAAUAAAAUUAAAUCUAUUUUCAAAAAAUAA